UACUACUUAUUUUUUCUUUGUUAAAUGGGUGGACAACGAAUUAAAUGAUAGGCAAAUUGAUGACGGAUAAAGUAGAGCUCCAUCCAAAUCAAAAUCCGAUUUGUCACUCAUUCUUCAUCCAUCACCUGCCUUUCAACUAUUUAAAGCAAAUUUUCGCCCAAUUAUUUAUAUUGAGUAGAUGAAGUUAAUUGGAUAUCUAUUUAAAAUUAUCAUCCCUACUAGACACUUAGUAAUCGACAAAACGUGUUUAAUCAAAGUGUUUGGAUUCAAAAAAAAAAAAAAAAAAAAAAAAAGAUUUUGGAUUUAAUUUUUUUUAAAAAAAUAAAACAAUGACGGAAUCAUAGUUAAUUUUACUGCACUCAAAAUCCAAAAUCACUAUUGCAGAAUUCGCAGGAGCAAGUGAGCAAGCAACUCAUCAAUGGCGCUUCAAUCAGCAUUCAAAGAAAGGCUUGGAGAUAUGGAGUCCACUCGUAAUCAAAGACUCUCUCUCCUCCAGGAUGAGAAAGAGUUACAAAAGAGGAAAUCCCUAUCAUUAUCAGCUAAACACGCCAAAAUCAGAUUACUGGAACAGAGAUGCUUGAUCUUAGAUCAAAAAUUUGCAUCAGAUAACUUCAAAAUCUCGUCACUCAAAUCCGAAAUUGAGUUUUUGGAUCGUCAAUUUCUAUCCCGUGCUCAACAAUUGAGGGAUUUGAAGGUUGAGGUAGAGGAGCUUGAGCCAUUGGAGGAAGAGAGAGAUAAAUUUUAUGCUCUCAAAUGUUCUGAAAUGAAUGAUUUUAGGAAGGGAAUUCAGAAGUAUGCUGAAGAAAUUGGUAGCAGAAUUAAGGAAUUGCAAUGUGGUAAUGAGAAGGAUAGCAACAGUGAGGCACAAAAUCGUGAUGUUCAAGCUGCUAAGGCGAGAAGGUCAGAACUUAUAGCUUUGAAGGAAAAAUUGGCCAGUGACCUAGAGUCUAAUAGACGUUUGAGAGCAACAUUGCAAGAGCAGCUUCAGAGUCUGUGGUGAUAUGAAAUUAGUAGGCUAGUGUACAUAGUAGAAAGAAAAGAGGGAAAAAAAACGAAUAUCUUGCUGACAGUAAGUUCCUCCAGCAGAAAGUAAUUGAUUAUGAAGUCAUUUGUGGAAAAGAAGCAUCAAACCUCAAAAUCUUAGAGGAGAUUCAGAGUCGAUUCUAUAGAAAUGUAAUAUGCUGAAACUUUCUCGGAUUGUGCUGCUUAGAUUUUCUUAAUAUGAAAGGUGAAUUCGGAAUUUGUUUAAA